AUGGACGAUGAAGGAAGCAGGGAGCCGCCGAGGAAGCGUCUACGUUCAGCAAAGCCAAGUCGCCGCGGGAGGCCUCGGGGCCGUGGCGGCUCCCUGAAUACAGACGCCGCCCGACCAAGGGAAGAUGAACCCGAGACCCAAACAGAACAAGCACAGGCGCCCGUCAUUCACGUCCGCUCGUCUGACCCACGAUCUCUUUCCAUACCCUCCGCUCUGGAAAGAUAUAAAGCUUGGAAAGAAGCCGGAGCGCACCACGUUGAAAUUUGCUUCAUUUGCCAGCAGCCCGAGGAUCUCACCUAUUGCGUCACUUGCAGGAGGUCAUAUCAUGAGUCGUGCAAGCCCAAGGAGAGCGCUUCUUCCGUCAUCGAAGGCACCACUCACUUCUUUUGCGAAGUUUGCGUGGGCCGGAACUGGCACAAGGAGCCACCGUUUCUGAUGCCGGCGAUGUGGCCUUCGGCAGCAUCGGCGGCACCGUCGUCAUCAUCAGCUCGUGCGGAAACAGUCGACGGGACAGAAGAUUCGCCCUCGACCAGAGGAGUGGCUCGGCAAGAUGUGCCAAGUCCACGCGAUGUUCACCAGGACCAAGAGGCAAGUGGGACUGAAGCGUCAAGGACCACGCCCAGUACGGUGACCAGGAGGAGUCGUAAUACCAACAUAUCCCAACCGGCCGCUAGAGAGCCGACUGCAGGUCCUGCAUCAAAUAACACCCGCACGGAAAACACUCCAUUACCGCCGCCCCCGCCAGCGACCUCACGGGAGACCCCACGAGAUGAAAGUAACCGUGGCUCAUCCACAGGGCGACCGCCAGCCGCGCGGAGGUCUCGAUAUGCGACCCUGCCGACGGACGUCGACGUCGCGCUGCGGCUCCUGUACGCCGAGCUCGAGGCCGCGCACGAGCUUCGGCACAAAGUGGGCGACCUCGAGGGGCAGGUCUCUCAGAUGCAGAGGGAGCUCAAUCUGCGGAACAGCGAGCUCGCGCUGGCCAGGCGGGCCGCCGACAUGAGCCGAAUCUCGCAAGGGGAGAUGGAGCAGCUGCGGGCCCAGGCUUCGCAGGGGCAGCAGGCGAUCGCCGAGGCGGCUGGUAUGCGGGCGGAAAACGGGUUGUUGCGGGCAGAGCUGGAGAAGAGGAAGGUGCAGUUAGCUGAGACUAACCAGACGCUGCAGGAGUGGAAACAAAAGCUGUCUGCGUUGAUCUCGUGA